GGGAGCUCGCCGCAGGUCCCUACCAGGUGCCCGUAGACGUCUGCAGGCUGGAGGUAGAAGGUGGAGUUGAGCAGCUCCUCCAGCCUGCGCGGGACGUCGUUCUCCUGGUAGUACGCCAUCGCCUGCUGCUUCAGCUUCUGCAGGUCCCUAGUGAUCCCACAGCUGCGGCCGCCGCCUUCUUCCCCCAUGAUGGAGAGUGUCGGUGUGUACGGAUUCUGUGGGUGUAAAGGAAAGAGCAAAAUGAAGUGUGAUUCAAGGUGGGAAAUAACCGCAGCAGAAACGGCUCCCACAUCUGCAUAUUCCUCUCCAGCCCGGAGUCUCGGGGACACAGGAAUAACACCUCUGUCCCCUUCCCAUAUCUUGAAUGAUGCUGACCCGGUCUCAGAGCAGCAAACGUUCCUUGUGGUGGUGGCCAUCGACUUCGGGACCACAUCCAGUGGCUAUGCCUACAGCUUUACCAAGGAGCCAGAAUGCAUCCACGUGAUGAGGAGAUGGGAGGGAGGUGACCCUGGCGUUUCCAACCAGAAGACCCCGACCACCAUCUUGCUGACACCAGAGAGGAAGUUCCACAGCUUUGGGUACGCUGCCAGGGACUUCUACCAUGACCUGGACCCCAACGAGGCCAAGCAGUGGCUAUACUUGGAGAAGUUCAAGAUGAAACUCCACACCACAGGGGACCUCACUAUGGACACGGACCUGACAGCGGCAAAUGGCAAGAAAGUCAAAGCCCUGGAGAUCUUCACAUACGCCCUGCAGUACUUCAAGGAGCAGGCGCUGAAGGAGCUGAGUGACCAGGCGGGGUCGGACUUUGAGAACUCUGAUGUCAGAUGGGUCAUUACAGUGCCUGCUAUCUGGAAGCAGCCAGCCAAGCAGUUCAUGAGAGAAGCUGCCUACCAGGCGGGCCUGGCCUCCCCUGAGAACUCGGAACAGCUCAUCAUCGCCUUGGAGCCUGAGGCUGCCUCCAUCUACUGUCGGAAGCUGCGGCUGCACCAGAUGAUUGAGCUCAGCAGCAAGGCGGUGGUCAAUGGGUACAGCGCCAGUGACACAGUAGGAGCGGGGUUCACACAGGCUAAGGAACAUGUUCGGCGUAACCGGCAGAGUCGGACCUUCUUGGUGGAGAAUGUCAUAGGAGAGAUCUGGUCUGAGCUGGAGGAAGGUGACAAGUAUGUGGUUGUCGACAGUGGCGGAGGCACCGUAGACCUGACAGUCCAUCAGAUACGGUUACCGGAGGGACACCUUAAGGAACUGUACAAAGCAACAGGUGGACCCUAUGGAUCUCUGGGAGUAGAUUAUGAAUUUGAAAAGCUGCUCUGUAAAAUAUUUGGAGAGGACUUUAUUGAACAGUUCAAGAUCAAGCGCCCGGCAGCCUGGGUCGACCUAAUGAUUGCCUUUGAGUCUCGCAAAAGAGCUGCAGCACCAGAUCGAACCAAUCCCCUGAACAUCACUCUGCCCUUCUCCUUCAUUGACUACUACAAGAAGUUCCGGGGGCACAGCGUGGAGCAUGCCUUGAGGAAGAGCAACGUGGAUUUUGUGAAGUGGUCCUCCCAGGGGAUGCUGAGGAUGAGUCCGGAUGCCAUGAACGCCCUCUUUAAGCCAACCAUUGACAGCAUCAUUGAGCACCUCCGGGACCUGUUUCAGAAGCCCGAGGUUUCCACAGUCAAGUUCCUCUUCCUGGUGGGUGGCUUUGCAGAGGCACCCCUUCUGCAGCAGGCAGUGCAGGCUGCCUUUGGUGACAAGUGCAGGGUCAUCAUCCCCCAGGAUGUGGGCCUCACCAUCCUCAAGGGCGCUGUCCUCUUUGGCCUGGACCCUGCUGUCAUCAAGGUGCGCCGGUCUCCUCUCACCUACGGAGUGGGUGUGCUGAACCGCUACGUGGAGGGGAAGCACCCUCCUGAGAAGCUGCUGGUGAAGGAUGGCACACGCUGGUGCACUGAUGUCUUUGACAAAUUCAUCUCUGCUGACCAGUCCGUGGCCCUGGGGGAGCUGGUCAAGCGCAGCUACACUCCAGCCAAGCCCUCCCAGCUGGUCAUCGUCAUCAACAUCUACAGCUCUGAGCAUGACAAUGUCAGUUUCAUCACUGACCCAGGGGUGAAAAAGUGUGGUACGCUCCGCUUGGAUCUCACGGGGACCGGCGGCACAGCAGUGCCUGCCCGCAGGGAAAUCCAGACCCUCAUGCAGUUUGGGGACACUGAGAUCAAGGCCACAGCCGUUGAUAUCGCCACCUCAAAGAGUGUCAAAGUGGGGAUUGACUUCCUAAAUUACUAAUGUAACCAUCCCUCCCUGUCACCAGCCCCCUGGGACUCGUCUGCAUUUGCUGACCUCAACCUUGACUGUUCUGUCCCCAACCUUGACCCUUGCCAUUGCCCACCUGAAUUUCAGUAGGAAAGAUGAGAAUCAGGGAGAGAAUUAACUAAGGAUUUUU